AUGAACCCCGCGGGCCCCUUCGGGGGGCAGCCGCCCGCCGCGUUCCCGCCCGCCAGCAGCGCCGUGGGCACCUUCCAGGCGAGGGCGCCCUUCCGCUUCGGCCAGCCGCCGCUGUUCGCGCAGAGCGGCCCGCUGGCCGGGAAGACCUCGGGCUUCGCGCAGGGGCCCGGCUUCGCGGCCCCCGCCGGCGCGAGUCUCCCCUCCUCGUCGCACACGCUGGGGUUCCCCCAGGCCGCGAGCGUGGGGCCCUUUCCUGGGCUUGAGCACACCCCCGCCUUUGCGGCCACCUCUGGGCCUCCCGGCUCCUGUGCGCCCGCGAACCCGGGCUUCAGCUUCAAAGCGCCCAGCGCGGGCGCCUUCCCGAGCGCUUCUGCCUUUGGACCAGAAACAGGAGAAGUAGCAAACCUUAGUUUCGGGAAAACAGGUUUCAGCUUUAAACCUCUGGAAAAUUCGACGUUCAGACCAAUAUUCGGGACUGAACCUGAGCCGGAGAAAGCUCAGACCCAAACCGCUUCUGGGUUUUUCACAUUCCACCAUCCAAGCAGUAGUGGUCCGGGCGGUCCGGCCCCAUUCUCCUCUCAGGUGACCAGCGCCCCUGCGGCCAAUUCCAGCUUUGCGUUUUCAAAGCCCGAUACUAGUAAUAAUUCGUCACCUGCCUUUGCUCCUUCUUUGUCAAGCCAAAAUGCGGAAGAAGAGAAGAGAGGCCCCAAAUCACUUUUCGGAGGUUCUGGUAGUUUUGCCCAUUUUCCCGUAUCUUCGGGAUCUCUGGGGGAACCCUUUCCAGGUAGCAAACCUGGUGUUAGGCAAGGAUGUGAAGAAGCUGUUUCCCAAAUGGAGCCACUGCCCAACCUCAUGAAAGGCCUGAAGAGGAAGGAAGACCAGGAUCGCUCACCAAGGAGACAUGGCCACGAUGUGGCGGAAGACCCAGACCCCCUGUCUCGUGGCGACCACCCCCCGGAUAAGCGCCCUGUCCGCCUGAACCGGCCGCGGGGAGGCUCCCUGUUUGGCCGGACAAUACAGGAUGUCUUUAAAAGCAACAAGGAAGCCGGUCGUUUGGGCAGCAAGGAGCCUAAGAGGGAAAUUGGCUGUUCCGAGCCUGCAGAGAGUGACCCCACAGCCGUCCUGGGAGGGAGUUCUUCUGUCCUGGCAUCAUCCCGGCUUCCAGGUGUGAGUAAAGAGGAAGAAACUGAAAGUAGAGACAAAAAAGAAGACUCUCUGAGGGGGCCUCCUGGGCGGCCGAGCAAGAGGAGCGAGAGCACAGACAGCUUCGGGGGCUUGUCUCUAGCUGAAGCCACAGCUAUCCAGUGCAAGAACAUCCCCGACUACCUCAACGACAGGGCCAUUUUGGAGAACCACUUCGGCAAAAUCGCCAAAGUGCAGCGUAUCUACACGCGGCGCAGCAAGAAGCUGGCGGUCGUGUACUUUUUUGAUCACGCAUCCGCAGCCCUUGCCAGGAAGAAGGGGAAAGGCCUGCACGAAGACGUGGCCAUCUUGUGGCACAAGAAGAAGAUAAGUCCCAACAAGAAACCGUUUUCCCUCAAGGAGAAGCAGCCGGGCGACGGCGACACGAGUCAGGGCGCCGAGGACACGGCCUUCCCACACUCCUCUCUCGGCAAGGCUGCGGCGCGGGCUACAGCCGGCGGCCUCCUGAGUAAAAGCUCCCCCGUGAAGAAACCAAGCCUCAAGUUUGAGGGCGACCCUUUCGACUCGGGCUCUGAGUGCCCCGAGAGCCUCGGGCCUUGUGUGUCGUCCCUCAGCACCCUGAUAGGCACUGUGGCUGAGACGUCCGAGGAGAAGUACCGCCUGCUGGACCAGAGGGACCGGGUCAUGCGCCAAGUGCGCGUGAGGAGGACAGGCCUGGACAAGGCCAGGACCGUCGUGGGGACGUGCCCAGACAUGUGUCCCGAGAAGGAGCGCUACAUGCGGGAGACCCGGAGCCAGCUGAGCAUCUUCGAAGUGAUCCCGGGGACUGACCAGGUGGACCACGCGGCAGCUGUGAAGGAGUACAGCCGCUCCUCCGCCGACCAGGAGGAGCCCCUGCCGCAUGAGCUGCGGCCCUCGGCCGUGCUGAGCCGGACCAUGGACCACCUGGUGACCCAGAUCAUGGACUCGAAGGAGGGCAGCCUGCGGGACUGGUACGACUUCGUGUGGAACCGCACGCGGGGCAUCCGGAAGGACAUCACGCAGCAGCACCUGUGUGACCCGUUGACGGUGUCCCUGAUCGAGAAGUGUACGCGCUUCCACAUUCACUGCGCCCACUUCAUGUGUGAGGAGCCCAUGUCCUCCUUCGACGCCAAGAUUAACAAUGAGAACAUGACCAAGUGCUUGCAGAGCCUGAAGGAGAUGUACCAGGAUCUGCGGGGCCGGGGCGUGCUCUGCGCUGGCGAGGCCGAGUUCCAGGGCUACAACGUCCUGCUCAACCUCAACAGGGGGGACAUGCUCAGGGAGGUGCAGCAGUUCCACCCUGCGGUCAGAAACUCGGCCGAGGUGCGCUUCGCCGUGCAGGCCUUCGCUGCGCUCAACAGCAACAACUUUGUGAGGUUUUUCAAACUGGUCCAGUCUGCAUCUUACCUCAGCGCCUGCCUGCUACACUGUUAUUUCAACCAGAUCCGCAGGGGCGCGCUGCGGGCCCUGAGCGUGGCCUACACCGUGAGCACCCAGCGUGCCGCCGCCUUCCCCCUGGAGGGCCUGGUGCGCACGCUGCUCUUCCGGGACAGCGAGGAGGCAGCCGACUUCCUCAGCUGCCACGGCCUCUCUGUGUCCGAGGGCUUUGUGGAGCUGAGUCGGACGGCGUUCCUGGAGCCAGAGGGACCGUGCAGGGCCAGGAAGUCGGAGCUCAUCUCCAGGAAGCUGGCGGUGUCGGUGGGGGAGGUGGUGCACGGAGGGCCUCUGCCCCCCGCCCCCCGGCACACGCCUGUGUGUAGCUUCAGCUCCCAGAACAAGUAUGUCGGGGAGAGCCUGGCGGCCGAGCUGCCCGGGGGUGCACAGGGAGCCAGCCUGGAUGCGGCAGGUGGGGUCAGAGGGGAAACGUGUGACGAGGCGGGUGCACCCCUGCUACAGCCCCUGCCCACGUCUGUACCUGCGCCGCUGCCCCUCCUGCCGGCACCCAGCCUCCUGCCACCCCCCGAGCUACUUCCAGCGCCGCCCACGCCCGCGUACACCGAUGCGGCCCUGGUGCAGGUGGUGGAUGAGCUGGUCCAGGAGGUUGUGCAGAAGGACCUAGAGGAAGUCAGCGCCGCGGGGGCAGCCUUCGCGGCCACGGCCCUGGGCGUUUCCAGCGCAGCUGCAGACGAGCUGCUGGCCGCUGCCACUGCGGGCUUGCUGAGGUGCCUCGUGGCUGAGGAGGUGGCCCUACAGAGGGAGCGCGAGGAGGAGGCACGGCGGCGGGCCGAGGAGCAGAGGCUGGAAGAAGAGCGAGAACAGGCGCUGACCCAGCUGAGCCAGGGCCUGGCUGCAGAGCUGACCGAGCUCGUGGUGGCCGAGUGCGUGCGGGAGGCCUGCACCUGGGAGCUGCAGAGUGCGGUGGAGACGGACCGGAGGGUCCGCCUGGCCCGGUGCUGUGAGGACGUCUGUGCCCGCCUGCUUGGCCUGUUUCUCAAGGAGGAGGUUUUCCAGACGGCAAAGGAGACCCUGCAGGAGCUCCAGUGCUUCUGCAAGUACCUGCAGCGGUGGAGAGAAGCCGUCGCUGCCCGGAAGAAGCUGAGGCGCCAGAUGCGGGCCUUCCCUGCUGCGCCCUGCUGCGUGGAUGCUAACGCCCGGCUACAGGCCCUGGCGCCCAGCGCCGAGUGCCCCAUCGCCCGGGAGCACCUGGCCAGGGGCCUGCUGGACCUGGGCCACGCGGGGAGAGUGGGCGUCUCCUGCACCAGGUUGCGGUGGCUCCGGAACAAGACUGCCCACGAGAUGAAGGUGCAGCACUUCCACCGGCGGCUGCUGAGCGAUGCCGCGUGGGCGCCUCUGGACCUGCCAUCCCUCGUGGCCGAGCACCUCCCCGGGUUGCGGGAGUGUGUGUUCUGGAAACUAGUGCUGGUGCUGCCUGACGGCGAGGAGCUGCCCCUGGGGAGCCCGGGCAGGACGCUGGCCAACUGGCUGAAGGUCAAGUUCGUGGGGGACGGCGGCGCGGUGGCAGAGGCAGGCGGGGACGUGCCAGGGGUCCGCACCCUGGCACUGUCCCACAGCCUGGGCAGCAGCGGGGGCCGGGCCGUCUCCAUCAAUGUGUGUGUGAAGGUGGCCCACGGCUUGCUCAGUGACGGCGCCCUGGAUGCCUUGGAGACACAGAGGGAGCUCCUGGGUGCCAGCGGGCUCCUGCUGCUGCUGCCCCCCAGGGAGCGGAGCGGGGAUGUGGCAAAGGAGAGCGCGCACUGGCUGUCGGCAUUGCUGCGGCUCAGGCACCUCUUGCAGGCCAAGCCCUUCCAGCCUGCACUGCCGCUGGCCGUCCUCGCACCCGGCCUGGGGGCGGCUGCCGUCGAGAGGGACAUGGAGGAGGGCCUAAUGCUGCGGGACCUGGUGUCGGCGGAGCUGGUCUCGGACUACACCAUCAUCGCGAUGCCGGACGCCGUCAGCGACUCCCAGGGCACCACAAAGGUCUCGCAGGCCGUGCAGUGGCUGCUCUCCCGCUGCCCCCGCACCCUGGACCUCUGCUGCCAGACCCUUGUCCAGUACGUGGAAGAUGGCGUCGGCCGGGAGUUCAGCAGCCGCUUUUUCCACGACCGGAGGGAGCGGCGGCGGGGCGGCCUGGCCUCGCAGGAGCCGGGUGCCAUCGUGGAGCUGUUCAACAGCGUACUGGGCUUCCUGGCCGCCGCCGUGUCCUCCGAGCAGCUCAGCGACUUGUCUUGGCCCGUCGCCGAGUUCGCCAAGGCCGGGGGCAGCCAGCUGCUCCCCCACCUGCGCUGGAACAGCCCGGAGCACCUGGCCUGGCUGAAGCAGGCCGUGCUGGGCUUCCAGCUCCCGCAGGUGGACCUGCCGCCCCCAGGAGCCCCCUGGCUCCCGGUAUGCACCAUGGUGGUCCAGUACGCUGCACAGGUCCCCAGCUCACGCCAGACGCGGCCCGUGCUGCAGUCCCAGGUGGAGAGUCUGCUCCGCAGGACCUACCUCAGGUGGCGCAGCCGGAGCCCCUCCGCGAGCCGGUGCACAGGGCCCUCAGUCUCCCAGGUCCCGUGGGACGACGUCAUUGCCCUAUGCAUCAACCACAAGCUGAGGGACUGGACACCCCCCCGGCUCCCUGUCGCACCAGAGGCGCUGAGUGAAGAUGGGCAGAUCUGCGUCUAUUUUUUUAAGACCCACUUGAAGAAGUACGAUGCGCCACCAUCCUGGGAACGAGCCCGAACGCAGACGCAGAAGGAGCUGCAGCUCAGCCAGGGCCGCUCGGGGGUCAAGUCUUUCCUUCCUUUUGCAAACGAGCUUCCCACCCCGAGCCUGCCCGAGUGCUGUAAAGGGACACGGACCCGGGAUCCCGGCGCGGAGGGGCUUCCCGGCGGGGAGGGCCUCCUGCACAGUGCCUCUGCCCAGGAGCUGCUGGCCCAGUGCCUGUCCAGUGGCCUGCUGCUGGAGAAGGAGGAGAGCCGCAGGUUUGAAGACCAGCUUCGGCAGUGGCUGUCGGAGGACACGGAGGCGCACGCGGAGCCCCCCUCCCUGCCCCUCUACCUGCCCCAGACGCUGGUGUCGCUGCCCCAGGUGCUGGGGCCUGGGGUGCGGCUGGCAGCUCUGAGCCCUCCUCAGGUGCGGGCCUUGGCACCACAAUCGGGCUGGGGCAGUCAGAGUCCCGGGCGACCGUCAGCCUUGCAGCCUGUGGCGGUUUCCACGCAUGGCGUGAGGGUGGGCAGGGCAGGCGGGGGGCGCCCUCAGUGGGAGCCCAACUGCCCGGGGCUGGCCUCCGUGGGACGCCAGGCGAGGAGCUCGCAGGGGCCAGGGCCGGCUCCUGCUGUGGGCGAGGACGCCCACGGGCUGCUGUGCUGCGGGAAGAACAGGCUGGGGCGACGCUCUAGUCGCUGCUCGGCUGGUGCUGGCAAAGUACCCCAUGCUUUGGCCUGCAGCUCUGGUCUCAAGAAAUGGCCACUGACCAUGAAUGCCCGCGUGCUUUCACCCGCCGCACCAGUAACCACAGUCAAAGCGAGGCGAACCCAGUCUCGGGGCUGCUCUGUCUGUGGCCGGGCAGCUGCCGCUGCUGACAUGGCCGGCCCAGUGGGGCGGGAGAAGGGGCCGUGUGAGAGCUGGGCGCGCCAGCCUGCUGCCCGGGGCUCCCUCUGGGGUGGGCGUCCCAGCGUGGUCUCGUCUUCUAAGCAGCCUGCAGGCGCGGGGGAGCGAGGGCCACCGGCUGCGGGCGCCUCUCUGACCGAGCGGCUGGAGCACCUGGAGCGGCUGAUCCGGAGCUCGCGAGAGGAGAGCACGGCCUCCGAGCUGCACCUGUCUGCGCUGCUGGACAUGGUGGACAUCUGAGCCGCCGGGCGGCACUUAACGCUUCUCUCAGAAUGACGUCACCUCCGACGCGCACUGUCGGGGACGCAAUUAUCAAUCAUGCAAAUAAACCACUGGCUGUCUGGAGAGGGUCCUGGUUUCCUGCACGGAAGGCUGUCCUCCUGCCCCAUCUCUGAUGUCCCACCUGCUUCCUGGCCAAGGGCGGUCACCCAGCUUGUGCUCUGGGGACUGGGCGGCACGCACUGGCGAGGGGACCCUGCCGCUGGUCAUGGCUAGGCAGGGAGGGCAGAGCAGCUGGGCGCUCCCCAAGAGGGUAUCACGGGGCCGGGGGCAUGGCGUGGCACCUGCAGGGAGUGGGGGGCUGCGGCCCAGGGCACGGUGUGAGCAGAGAAGAGGCCUGUCAGUUUCUAAAAGAAUCUGCAGGAAGGCCGGCCGGGCCAGUGGGCGUCUUGGGAGGUCUGGGGUGGGCAGUGUCUGUGCUGGCUGCAGUGAUGUGGGAGUGGCCAUGAGGCGCUGACCCAGUGGGUUCCUCCACGCCCCUCCAUGACUCUCCCAACCAGGGUUCUUAGUGACCGCUGACCUGGAAGAGCAGGCCUUGGACCUCGCCCAGCGUCACCCGGCAGCCCCAGGCCCACCCUGUAUCCAGAGCAAAGGUGUGGCUGCCCCAGGGCUCCCCUUGAGAUCAAGUUCACGCCCAUCAAAGAACUAACGUCCCCCACUCCCAAAUGCCUAGCAGACCUGCUGAGCGCACAGUGGGGCCGCGCCCAUCAGGCCUCGGUGGUGACACCCCCCCAGACCAGCCCAGGGCAGGCAGCAGCAUUGGGGGUCGGCUGGGC